UCAAAAGGGAGUCGAUCAGAUAUCCCAAAUUUGAUAAAUGUUACCUUUAUGGCGACCCUUGUAUCUAAUAAGAUACACACUUAUUGGCAAAUUUUAUCUGUUUGGUGAAAUGGCUUUGAGUUCAACUCUGGGAUGGAACUUCUAAUUUUAGCAUUGCAAUUAGGUCGUACACUUAAUUACUACCAUACCAUAUUGUACCUGAUAAAGGAGGAGCGUAUAUAUAAGCGGGGAUUUUGCCUGUGAAAUCAGUUUGCUCCAGCAUGCAGAAGAUCUUCGGCAAUUUAAUUUUGUUUCUGACUUAUUUGAGCAUUGGGAGGGCCAAAGAGAAGUAUACAACAUUUGUGAUUUCUGGAAACCCACAUAACUUGGCUGUUAACUCGACCCCCUUUAUAAGGAUUGAUGACGGCUACUACAACUUCGGACAGGACAAAGUAAAUUGGUACGUCGCCUAUGAGAACUGUCGCAAGUUGGGAUCCGAACUGGUGACCUUCGAAACGGCCGAAGAGUUCGACGCUGUGACUGGCUACCUAAAAAACAAGGGAGAGCGCUCGGAGCAUUGGACGUCUGGAAAUGAUCUGGGAAAACAGGGAACCCACAAUUGGUUUGCCGAUGCCACGCCUAUAAACAUCAAUCGCUGGGCACCCAAACAACCCGACAAUGCCGGAGGAAAUGAGCAUUGUAUACACUUGGGAUACAUUUACGGAGACUCAAAGGAUAUUCAGCUGAAUGAUCGACCCUGUAACAACGCCAAGAGCCUAUUUAAAUAUGUUUGUGAGGCGAAACAGGAAACGGUUUCCAUUGUCCUGUGGAAGUAGACCAAAUGAAAGCAUCUAAUAAAUUUAUUUGACGUCAGUUGGAUAGAGAGAUGGUUUGUGGAAUUUUGACUCUUCAACUUUUAUUUGAUUUAAAUUGUUCACUUUAAUGAUUGUGAGCAGAAAUGGUCCUCCUUUUGAGAAAAACACCGAUCUUAACGAUAUCGGUUCAAGACCUUAUAUAUGUACUUACCAAAUUAACUUGAAUAAUGGAAUCCCUGUAUAAGCUACUCAAAUAAAAAUUGUAAUAGGGAAAUGAAUGCGCAGUGAAUCCAACGCAGAUACCUUCAAAAGUGAACACAAAGUUGAUAUUUGAAUAUACAUUUUAUUUUUCAGAAAAGUUGUUCAUUUUUGUAAUGACUUUACAUUUACAUAUAGGAUAUAUUUAUAUAUAUUCUCUUGCGUUCUGCUCAUGUGUUUUUGUUCUUAUUGAGUUUGCUUUUGUUGGAAUGCAAUAUAAUAGGUACGAUACAAGUUGCACACAUGAAUUAAUCCGUUAUCUGUUAUAUAAUGUGUUUAGAAUAACCAAAGAACAACGAAUGCAUUCCAUUCAAACCAAACAACCAAGGCGAACUUUCGAACUCUCGCAUUAGUUUUAACAUUUACUCUGAUCACUAUCCUUGCAAAUAUGCUUAGUACUUGGCCGCGACCUGAAUACAGCUAGCCGAUAUCAUCGAGACACACUAGAUUCGCUUUCCAAAAAUAUAUAUAUAUACUAUAUAUGUAUGCAUUUAGGUAGAUAUAUGCCUCUCGUAUAUAUACACACGACUUAGGUAAUGGCUGCUGUUCGUCUAGUAAUCAACUAUGUUCUCAAUUGCUUGCAAUCUGUCGGUAGAAAAAUAAACCACCUGCUGCAUCCACAUCUCAACGUCCUCAAUCUUCCGAUCUGUCUAUAUCCUUUGUAAAAUCCUCCCUCUCGUCCAGUCCCCCACUUAACACAUGUGGCAUGUGGCAUGGACCUUUAGUUGUGGCCUGGAUAGAUAGAGAGGUGCUCUCUUCUAAGUGGAGUUUAUACAAUCGCGCGGUUGUUCUACAAUCAGCAUUCUACAGGGUGGAACUGAAAAAGCGGAGGUCGUCUUCAGCUCCUAACAAUCGCAAAUCUAUCUCUAAGGGGGUGUACAUAUGUAUGUAUAUUGUAUGCAUAUCUGACGCGCCUGGCCGAAUAUCUGCCGCGAAUUGUGCGAAUUACAUUGUGUUUAUUUUCAGUGCACAACAACUAGAAACGUUUGCAAACUACUCAACACUGCAAUGGGCAAGCGCACUGGAAAUGCGGACACUGAGUGCAAAAAGUACUCGCAUGGGCUGGGAUAAUUGCACACUAACUGAUUAACUGGCCGUGAAAUACAUCUGGGUACUUAUGUAUGUCUGCCUGAAUUACAUAUUACACCAAUACUAAGCACUCAUUGAACGCACAACAAAACUUGGGGGAGCAGAACUAUAGUUCGUCAUCAAUGAAUCAUGCAUUGAUGGCUUAAACAAGUGCCUGCUGCAACAACUAUACACAUGUAUGUAUGUAUGUGCGGCAUAUGUUACGCUGUUUCGCUUGGUAUAUGCACCAGUCUACAAUUUAAUUGACAGAAGUUACAAUAUAAAAUUAUCUCCAUUAAUUUCGGCUCCAUAUGGCUAUGGAUAUGCACUUCAUAACUGCUCAACGCACAACAAAAUAGCUACGAAUUCAACAACAUAGUUUCAUAGUCUACGGAAAUAAACACUUCUUGACUUCAUAUACAUAUGUAAGUAUAUUAACUAAGCUUUUAGCUCGCGUGUGUGAGUUUUGUUUGGGACAUAAUUGACUGGUUGUCAACAAACUAUUCUGCGGUAUACGUAUCGAUAAUAUUUAAUGAUAUCAUGCUACAACCAUACUCGUAGAGUUGUCGCAUGCCAUAUUUUGUAGUAAACGUAUUUUGGUCUCAAGUUUUUGAAUGAAGUUCGCGUGUAGUUGAAGUGAUUUCAAAGCUAAACGAUCUUUCGGUUUCCGGUUAUCAUAGCUUUUGCUCUCAAAAGUCCUCAAAAGAAAGUCUUUCGUUUUCACAAUACAACAGGGAUUCAACUUGAUUUGGAUUUGGUUUAAUGCGUGCUUAGGGAGGGCUUAUAUAACAUCCUUAGAGGGAUGAAGUUUAGUGGGUGUGUGUGUGUGGUCAGGCAUGCAAACUACACAAAAAUUGUCUGUCAAGGUCGUUUAAAUAACAUCUAAAACAUCUUCCACUGGCGUGAGUCGCCGUCGUUCACCACUUUCUUAAUUUUCAUAUGUAUAUUUCCAUUUUUAGGGCUGGGGUGCGUGCAAAUUUUCAGCUAAAUUUCUCUAAAGUGUUGCAUGCUUAGAUGAUUCUCUGGGUUUCGGUUUGGGAUUAUCUUUACAUUUAAUAUCUUCAAUCUCUUUAUAAUUUCACAAUUUUUUUUGUUGGCUCGUGUGCGUUGUUUCGUGACUUUGUUUCACUUUUAAACCAGUAAAAACUUGAACUCCGAUGAAAUGAAAUAUUUUUAAUACCUUACUUUUUGUUAGUUUCGAACUCGGUUCUGUGUAAAAUAUCAGCAAUUUUGUUUCGUUUCGUUUGUUCUCUGAAAUGUAUCUAUCUCCCAGCGUCUCGUGUGUAUUUGAAUAUUUAGAAUAUGUUUCUGAGUCGCCUGCGUGGCCGUAAGAUUUUUGGGUAGUUCUGGGGUCACAAUACAAUCGAUUGGGGGGAGCUAGAUUUAGGGGAGGCCGGGGUUUUGUUUUUUUUUUGGGGCGCAAAUACACUACAAAAAUUACACUUACAUAUACCUAUAUUCGUUUCUACCAUUGUACAUUUAUAUAUUAGCGUAUGUGUAUACAUAUAUGUAUAUAUUUUAUUUAUUUUAAUCAUACUGAAAUUGUAUCUCAAAAGGGAUAUAAAGCCAUUUAAGUUUGUUGGUUUGAUUUCCUCAAAACCUUUUCCACCAGCAACCAGCCACCGCUCGUCUGAUUCUGCUGCGGAAGUAUCUGUGUGUGUGUACAUAUGUAUGUGGGUGUGAGCGAUAUCUGCGAAGAGAACUUACAACUACAAAACAAAGGUGCCUUAUAGCAAGCACCCUUAUAGCACAGUGAAUAACACACCUAGGAUACAAUUAUCUUGAAACGAUCAAGUGGGAACCCCAUUUGCUGGGUGCGGGGGAGGAAGUAAAACCUCUGUUUGGCCAGUUUGGUUGUAUUAUAUUGUGUAUUUCAUUCUGGUGUUGUUUCUGUUUUUGUUUUAGUAUAAUUGCAUAAAAGUCAACAUCAUUAGCAUUAAAAUAAUCGUAAUUAAAUAUAUGUAUGUAUGUAUAUCGUGUAAAACUAAAAAUAAAACGCUCGCUCUCAGCUCUUCGCGGCUCCUUCUUUACAUAUACAUAAAAGUCAAAUGGUUUAAAGUUAUCUUCGCUUUAGUUUUACUUGCAAUCAGCACUUUUGCACUAAAAAUUAUAUCGACAUUCUUUUUAUUUUUCUCAUCUCUCAGCUCGCUUCGCUUUUCACAAUGUUCUCAAAUAACUCUAGUAACUCAAACAAUCGAAACUAAAUUCAAACUGAAA